AGAGGUCAUAGUUGCGACAGGUCAACGUGCCCUCCACACGUGUGUGCACUGUAUUACUAAGGUAGUAAAGAGGGAAUAGGAGUUCUAGAUAUUUUUUUGUAUUUAUUCUGUUUUGUAGUUAGCUAUUUUGUACUGCCAUGCUUAAAUCUGUAGUCCGUGCGGUCGGGGCUGCUGUCCGCGUUUCUAAUGCUACAGUCACUUCCUCUGUACGAGCUGCGCCUCUCCGCUGCCCGGUCUUAUGUGCCCCCAGCUCGGCUACAGCUCGGCCUUUUACCCGGUCCUUGUGGAUGCUCAGUAACAGCGGAGCUUCUUCUGGUUAUAGACCCAAACUGUUUAGCUCAAAAGUACUGACUCCUUCAAUUUCGUGUGGAUGUGGGGGACUGCACACAGAAGGAGACAAAGCCUUUGGUGAUUUCCUUACUGAUGAAAUCAAAGAAGAGAAGAAGAUCCAAAAGUCUAAGACCCUUCCAAAGAUGUCUGGGGGAUGGGAGCUGGAGAUGAAUGGCACAGAAGCUAAACUUGUCCGAUUUGUUUCCGGGGAGAAAGUCACUGUCACAUUCAAUGUCAAUAACAGCAUCCCCCCAAACUUUGGAGAAGAAGUGGAACAGGGGCAACAGAAACCAGCUGAAGAAGAGCCAGAAAUUGUUUCAACGCCAAACUUUGUUGUUGAAGUUACCAAACAGGGUGCCAAGCAUUCUCUGGUGUUCGACUGCAAUUUCCCAGAAGAUGAGAUAAGUCAUGGUGAAGGAGAAGAGGAGAGUGAUAUAUUUGCCAUUCGUGAGGUCAGUUUUCAGCCUGAAGGCGACGGAGAUUGGAAAGAAACCAGUUACACACUUAACACAGACUCUCUGGACUGGGCUCUUUAUGACCACCUAAUGGACUUUCUUGCUGAUCGAGGCGUUGACAACACAUUUGCUGAUGAGCUCAUGGAGCUGAGCACUGCUGUUGAGCACCAAGAGUACAUCAAGUUUCUAGAAGACCUACAGAGCUUUGUUAAAUGUACCUAAUGUGUUAAUAGUAUAAAGAUAGAUUUUGUUUUCAAUCUGUCUAGUUAAUGUCCAGGGUUGCACUGUGAAACAAGCUGCAGCACUUAAUACACAGACUGAACACUGAAUUUGACAGUACUUCAGUUUGACCAUGUUAAAUAUGUUAUUAUACAUAAGGUUUAAUUUAUAGAAGAAAUAUUACGAUUAUGUUCAAAGGAUUCAAAAAAUGUAAAACGGCACCAGUGAUGACUUAAACUUUGCAGCAUAACACCAUUAUCUGUUUGGAUCAGUGCAGAAUACAUAGCCCCCAACACUGAUGAUAAAGUGUUGAUGUUACAAUAUAUCAUAGGGUAAGUGGAUCAAGAUAUGUAAUUUACAGUUAAUGUAUUGUACAAUAAAACUUUAAUAUUUGUUAUUGAGU